CCACUGAAGAUAAGUGCACAAUUCUCGUGACCAUCCAUCAGCCUAGUGGUAACAUAUGGCUCUCGCUCAGCAAAGUGUGCCUCCUCGUCCAGGGCAACGUCAUGUACUUUGGCCAACCGGAUAAGGUCCCGGAGUACUUCGCGGUUAUCCUGUACCGACCCUCACUAACCCCGACAAGCAU